ACAUUUUUGUUAACGUUCCGGUCCCCAUGCAUCUGUUUUGAUUGGCGAUCAAUCCGAGCACAGCACCGCAGUGCUGCUACAGUCAAUCUCAGUAACAUCCCUCCAGUCCGGCCACUAAAAACAAUGUCAACAUACUGAGCCUAAUUAUGGAGGAAGCCGUGCCAUUUAGCAUCGUGUCCACCGUCAAAGCGUUGAGCGGCGCGUUGAGGAGAGAUGCUGAACAUGAAGCCGAGAUCAGCCGCGAGCGAGAGAAGCUCUGGUUCAAGGAGAGCAGCGGAAAAAACCUGAGAAAUCGUGACUUCUUGUCACCCAACACGGUUCUAACGACGCUGUACGCCGGCGGAGAGGUUCCCUCUGAUGUUCUCAGUGGUAUUCGCUCUCUUCAUGGCAGCGGCGUAUUGCCGAUAGGAGCCACUGAGGUGACACCAGAAGGCCUGCGUGUGUGUGUGGAUCGCUGUGCAGCAUUCAGAGGUGUUUUAUGUGGAAUAACACCAUAUCUGAGACCUGCUGCUCAGAGACAGGGCUGUGUCCUCAUCAACUGCCCUGCUCUCCACACCAAACAAACAGUGCCAUCUCCCGAUACACUAGCUCUGGGGCAGCUUCGGACCGUUCUCAUUGCUGACCACCUCGGAGCUCAGCUCAGAAGACAAGGGUACACUGUGUCCUUUUGUCCAGCCUUGCCACAGGACAGUGACAUUGUCAACUUUCUGAAAACGCUAGGCAUUGAUUGGCCGACGGUCCCUGUCAGCUGGACCAAUGAGGACAGGGAGGAGAAAAUUAAAAAAGCUUUAGAGAACUCAACCUACAGAGACAGAGAGAUGGAGAGAGGAAAAAGGAGAAGCAGAGGCGAGGAAAUAGAGGGAGAGAGAAGAGGGAUUAAAGAGGAAGUUAGGAUAAACCUUAAACAAGUGGUACAGGACGACAACCUUCAGGGGUAUGAUCCCAGUCUUGGCACUUGCACAGUGCAGAGAGAAGCUUUGUGUCAUCUGGCCCAGCUGGACAGUGCUGCCACAGAUUUCCCUAUCUCUUCAACGACAGCCCUGCAUGUCACUUCCUGUCAGGAUGAGUUUCGUCAGCAGCAAACAGCCAUGUUGUGGAGAGCGGCGGGUGCAACGGCAGUGCAGAGAUUGGUGAUUUGUGGUCCUGUUAAAACUCCUGGAAUUCAGAUGAAUGCAGCUCAGUAUCUUCAGUUAAGAAAAGCUCAGAUGAAAGAGGCCUCAGAAAUGAAGUAUGGAGACCAAGUUGAAGGUCAGACAUGGGAUGACAUAAUUAGAGUCAUGACCUCGGCCACAGUGAGGUUUGAACUGCUUUCCACAGUGCACACAAGUCCGGUGACCUUAGAUGUUCAGCGGGACAGUGGUGUGUCCACAAAGGGCCCCAGGGGUGGAGUCUUUGUCAUGUACAACUGCGCUCGUCUUCACACACUUUUCAGCAGCUAUGAGAAAGGGGUGGAGCAAGGUCUUUAUCCAGAAAUUCCUGGAGGCAUAGAGCUGGACUUUUCUGCCCUAAAAGAGGAGGGGGAGUGGCUUCUUCUCUUCAAUUACCUCAUUCCAUUCUCUGAGUUGCUGGACCAAUCGGGACAGAUCCUGGAGCAUGAAGGCAGCACAGCCAGAGUGAAUUUAAGGACUGAACAGGUGUGCAGAUUCUUGGUGUCUCUCAGUAAAGAUUUUAGCUCCUACUACAACAGAGUUCACAUCCUUGGGGAGCCCCUGCCUCAUCUUUUUAAUCAGAUGUUUUGUCGUUUAUUGCUGCUGAGAGCAUUAAGAGAACUUUACCACAGUGCCCUAGACUCCCUUAACCUUCCCCCAAUACCCCAACUAUAGCAUCUCCACUGCAGACAUUAUACACAAACAGCAACAAAUUCUCUCCCUUAACAGCCAGCACUCUUCCAUUUCCUUAGUUAUUACACCUUAGAUACCUUCCUCAUAGCCAUAAUUGCCUGACCAUAUUGUCUGAAUAGCCCCUAAUAGCCAUACAAAAGGCAGGACAGACCCCAUAAAUCUGUCGCUCCUCACCCUUUCAUCCAGUAAAUAAUUAUUAAGUCGCCCUUAAAAUGUCAACAGAAUAUGCUUUCUUUCACAGUGAAUUGAAAUCCUCCUGCAUGAGUAUUUAUUCUGUGUAAUAAUGUUUCAUUGGUGUAAGUGCCCAGCUCUAUUUGUUCAACACUGAACACUUAUUUACAGCACAUCACCGUUGUUCUUACAGUCUGAUAGAUGCACACACAAAGUAUCUGUCACCACUGUUUUUGAUUAGGAAUCAUGUCUGCAUGGUUUGCGAUCAUUUGGUAUUCCUGAAAUGUCAUGAUUUGGGAUGCUACUUCUUUUAAUAUGAAUAUAGUCUGUAUAUCUGUACCAAAUAUAAAGUCUUAAUUCUUGAGUUCCCCUCAGUGUCCCUCACUGUAUAUGCCACUGUAAGUGUACAGGUGUAGUACUGAUAUACCUCUUGUGCCAUAUAUUUCAGAUGCGUCGGUACUCUCACUGUGUCUGGAGUUUUCACAGAGCUGUGCCAUACGCCACACAGUAUUCAAAGCCCUGAGAGUUAAUAAACACGUUUAGAGUGACUGUGUAACAUUCUCACCUUUCAAGGUUUUUGUUAGUGGUGAUUUCACUCAAUGUAUUUAAAAAGCAGCAUCCCGCAGAGACUUCAUUAUUAAAAGAGUGUCAACCUCU